AUGAAAUCUUUUAAAUUUUUUGUCAUUAUUUUAUUUGUCAAUUAUUCGCAUUCAUUUUCGGGUGGUGCUGGAAGUGAUUCUUGUACAACAUUGGUACCAAGACAUGGCAGUCAUCAGCCACAAACAUCUUCACCACCUUUCCUAAUAGUUUUGUCAACAACAAGUAUUCAACAGGGUCAGAAUAUGACAAUAACUCUUGAAAACACAACGCAAACUUCAUCGUUUCGUGGUUUCAUGAUUCAAGCAAGAACUGUUGCAGCAACACCCCAAAUCAUUGGAACAUUCUUUGUAAACGGUCUCGUGAGACAUGUCACGUGCAGUGAUGUUCCACUUGGUUCUGUGGCAACUCAUACGAAUGCAAAACCGAAAACAAAAGUUGACUUAACGUGGCAAGCGCCAUUUGACAUUUAUGGAUUAAUAAAUUUCCAGGUAACAAUGCUAGAGAACAUUCAAACUUUCUGGACUGGAAUGUCUUCAGAAUUUGUAACGAUUACACAAGAUCAUGAUAGAACUACGACAUCAACAGAAAUACCUUCAUCUGACCUGUACAAAGGAUGCGGAAGUGAAAAGGUAUGCUUUGGUAGUCCAAGAGGUUGCGUAAAUUCAGAAAACUGCAAUAUGUUUGGUGCUGUUAAACAUAAUGAUGAAACAUUUGUGUUUGAAAUUUUAUCGCAAAGUAUGGAUAAUCAUGAAGAUGGAAUGUCGUAUGUUGCAUUUGCACUUUCACAUGACAAUAGAAUGGGCAGGGAUUCUGUUAUCGAAUGUGUGAGAGAAAAUGAUGUCGUAAGAGCUUACACUUCAUUUACAAUCGUUGAACCAUCGCUCUUUGCUUCACAAAGAAUUCCGAAUCAAAAUAUAAUUCGAUUGAUUGAGUCACGUAUUGAAGACAAUAAAAUUUAUUGUCGUGUCGAACGCGAGAAUUAUUCAAUAAUCGAAAGUGAAAUAUUUGACUUACUGAACGAUAAACAAUUUUUGCUUCUUGCAAUGGGUACAGAAUUAAGAACAAAUUCGAUUGGUUCACAUGGAGGCUUGCGGGAAGCAUCAGAAGAAGCUGUUUUAUUAACGCAACCAAGGAACCUUGAAGCUGGUGGUGCUCGUUUAUUUAUCAUGCUUCAUGGAUCUUUCAUGAUAGUUGCGUGGAUUGGAACAGCACCAAUUGGAAUCUUCUUAGCACGUUACUUCAAGCAAACGUGGAAAAAUCAACAGAUAUGUGGCAAAGAUGCUUGGUUUUUUUGGCAUACAAUAUUAAUGUUGAUGACUUGCGUGUUAGUCAUUUCAAGUUGCGUAAUAAUUUUUAUUGAUGUCAGAGAAUGGCGAACUUCAAUUCAUGCUAUAACUGGAUCUAUUACUGUAGCGUUGUUAAUUUUACAACCUGUUGGUGCCAUUUUUAGACCGGCUGCAAGUCAUCAUAAGCGUCCAAUCUUCAAUUUCAUUCACUUUUCCAUGGGAAACAUCAUUUAUAGUCUAGCAAUUAUUACAAUUUUCUUUGCAGUUCCAAAGCCAGCUGCUAAUCUUCCCAGGUGGACAUUUUUUAUUUUUAUUGCUUUUGUACUUUUUUAUUUGAUGAUGCAUUUUAUCUUAACGGUCAUAGGAAUUAGUGGAGACGCGAAAAGCAGUGAACGGAACGUAGUUAUAAAUAUUUCCCCAUUUUCUUUAAUCAGCAAAACUCUGUUUUGUUUAAUCACUUUAAUAUUGUUUGCUUUUGCAAUUGCUUUAAUUUUAAUCAUGGUUUGGUAAGGAAAUAUUUGCAUACAGCAAUCAACUUAAUAUAAUACAAAUGAGUUGUUAUUCGAAACUUUAAAGCAUUUAUUUAUACAUUUAUAACCAACCACAUAAUUUGUAAACUUUAAUUUGUUUAUGAUUUAUUAUGAAUAUUAAAGACACUUUAAGUGAUUUAAUGCCUAC